AUGUCGUUCAGUGUGGAGAGAACUAAAAAGGGAAGCUCGAGUGUUACUUCUUCCGAGAAGUCAUGGGCUGUCCAAAUGAACGAGGUGAGACUGAAGGAGAGACGCAAGUUGGUGAAGGGAUUCACUGACUUUUUGGAGUCUUCGGGUCGUAUGGAGAGUGAUAUGUAUGAGGCACUCAAGGCGGCGUGCAAAGGCAAUGAGAGACAGUCAGAAGUGCUUGUAGAGCCGGUGAAAAAGUACUGUCAGGAGUUGCGAGAACGAUUUGAAGAGCUGGGCGGAGAGAGAUGGCCGCUAGAGAUUAUUGGAGUAAUGAGGGAAAAUGGAGUGGAAACGGUAGAAGAGUUGCGUGAACUCUGUGAGAAAGGUGUAGAAAUGGUGCCAGGUGGCAUCGUGGAGAAUGCCAACAAGGCCCAGGAUGAGUUGGCAUUGUUACAAGAUGCUUGGAAUGAGUAG